CGAGUUUCUCAAGGGUCCCCCCCGUUCCUUGAACCUACCUCUCAUAAACAAGGCAAUCCCCGUGUCUGACGCCCUGCAGGUAUUGCACAGGCAAGGCUUUCUUUGCCUGUGAGAUUGUUGCGCAGAAUUCGCGAGCAACUGGUGAUAUCACCUGUCAGUCCUCCCCUCUUCCAAUCAAAAGUUGAAUUCGCAGCUAUGUCAGCAUACCUGAAGAGUCCGAGAACUCAAACUCGACUUCGUCGCAUUUGAUCGACUGUGUAUCCGUCCCUGCGCCCUUGUCGUGGACACAUGUGGCCGUGCGAAUCGUGACGAAUCGCGGCCCGCUUCCGUCAGACACUGUGCAAUCGUGCGUCACUGUAAAUGAUCGGGAUUUAAUAGCGGCCAACGCAAAUAUGGGGUGUGUCACUGACCAUGGAUCGAGUAUCGCUCAAUCUGUGCUCCAAACGACUUUGGCCUGCAUGCGAACGAAAUCUGGUAUGACUGCUGGCUCACGAAAUGGGCGCUCACGCCCUGUUCAGCAAGAACCACGUCCAACGGCUCUGCCUCGGAUGAUACUCCGCUAACUGAGG